CAUGACACGGAGAUUACCCCUGGCAUGGACCAGCCAAAGAAUGACAAUGACGAGUAUCCCAUUGUCAUGAGAGAGGAAAACAGGAGGAGAAGGCGCAAGAUGCGAGCCAACACAACCAGGACCAUGCAGUACUAUUCACUGGAGCAGCUGGCCAUUGAGUUUGUCCUCCCAACACGCAACAAGUUUAACAACAUCCACGAGAAGCUCUCCCUGGAGGUGGCUGGGAAUUACACAGUGGAGCAACUGAAAGCCAAGGUUUGGGUCAAAGCCGGUGGGAUCAGUGUUUGCCAGGACUUCUACAGGAAGCUCAGCCCUGACCAGUUCAGGUUGAUGUACCAGAAGAAGGGCCAGUGGUACGAGAUUUAUGACCAGCACCAGGUGAUCCAAACACUAGACUGCAUCAACUACUGGAAAACGCUGCAGCGGAACAACGGCAAGAUUCACCUAGUCCAGAAAACAAAAACCUCAAAGGAAUCCUUGCAGUUGCAAAAUGAUUUGAAUUACCUGAUUGGCUACGAUGUCACUGAUGUGAGCAAUGUACAUGAUGAUGAGCUGGAAUUCACCCGGAGGAAGCUGAUCACCCCCCAGCUCAAUGAGGUAGCCACCAGGGAUGCACAGCUCUACUCCAUGGAUCCUUGGAUCAUCUCGAAGCCUCUGCCUGAAUAUCUGCUCAAUAAGAUCUGUAACAAUAACAUAUUCAUCGUUAUUCAUAGGGGAACGACAAGCCUGACGAUAAAGGUUUCCAUUGACGAGACACCACAAAGCAUUCUGAAGAACUUCUUCAAAAAGAUGGCCAACAAGAAAGGUCUACUGGAAAUCUCAGAGAACCAUAACGAGAAGGACUUUGUCCUUCGGGUCUGUGGCAGGGAGGAUUACAUCGUUGGUGACAAUCCAAUCAAGGAUUUCCACUGGGUAAGAAACUGCCUGAAGAAUGGCGAGGAAAUCCACUUUGUCCUGGACCUGCCCCCGGACCCAGCUCUGGAUGAAGUGCAGAAGGAAGAGUGGCCCCUUGUGGAUGACUGUACUGGGGUCACUGGAUCACACCAGCAGUUAACUCUAGAGGGAAGAGAUCAUGACAAAGUCUUCACCAUAUCCCUCUGGGACUGUGACAGAAAAUUCCGAGUCAAGAUUAUUGGGAUUGAUAUUCCAGUGCUCCCACGGAACACAGAACUGACUGUCUUUGUUGAAGCGAGUAUACUGCAUGGGCAACAGGUGCUUGUCCAACAAAGGACUCUUACAAAGGCAUUUACAGAGGAAGUGCUAUGGAAUGUUUGGCUUGAGUUUGAUAUUAAAGUUAAGGACCUACCCAGAGGGGCACGACUGAAUCUUCAGGUUUACUGUGGUAAAGCACCAGUUCAAAGUAUGAAGUCUACUUUCCAGUGUCAAGAUGAUAAUGCCUGGGACACCAAGAGCAAAAACCACAUGCUGUACUAUGUUAACCUGUUGGUGAUUGAUCAUCGAUCGCUCCUCCGUCAAGGAGAGUAUGUACUCCACAUGUGGAAAAUUCCUGAUAAAGGUGAAGAACAAGGGACAAUUGAGGCUGACAAGCUGACAUCAGCGACUAACCCUGACAAGGAGAACUCCAUGGCUAUCUGCAUCCUCCUGGACCGAUACAAUUACCCAAUCGCUCUCCCGCGAAGUUGUCAGAGCCAGAACGCUGAGCCGGAGAAGUCAGGCCACGAGAUGCACAGUCAGCUCCGCAAGCAGUUCGAAGAGAUCAUCAGUACUGACCCCCUGAACCCGCUGAGCACUGAGGACAAAGAACUACUGUGGCAUUUCAGGCACGAGUGCAUGAGGCAGCCUAAGGCCUACCCCAAGUUUCUUAGCUCAGUAAAAUGGGGGCAGCAGGAGGUGGUCCUGAAAACUCAGCAGCUUUUAGACAGACAGGAGAUGUGGGACAGCAGUCCCUUGGAUGUGGGGCUUGCAAUGCAGCUUCUGGAUUGCCGAUUUUCCAAUGAGCAUGUUCGGGCGCUGGCUGUUCAAAAGCUGGAGACACUGGACAAUAGCGAGGUGCUGCGAUAUCUCUUACAGUUGGUCCAGGCAGUCAAGUUCGAGCCUUACCAUGACAGUGCCCUAGCCCGAUUCCUCCUCAAACGAGCUUUAAGAAGUAAACGAACUGGCCAUUUUCUGUUCUGGUUUCUGAGAAGUGAAGUGGCUGAGUCGAUGCACUAUCGUCAGCGCUACGCUGUCAUCCUGGAAGCAUAUCUCCGGGGUUGUGGGAAAGCCAUGCUGAUGGAUUUCAUGAGGCAAGUCAAGGUGAUGGAGGCCCUGCACAAAGUCACGCUGGAGAUAAAAAAUGUCACUGCUGACAAAUACGAUGUUUCAGCUCAAGCGAUCUCGCAGUUAAGACACAAACUUGAGAAGCUGCAAUCAUCUGGUUUCCCAGAAUGUUUCCGAGUUCCAUAUGACCCGGGCCUCCGUGCAGGUGCUCUUGUGGUGGAUAAAUGUAAGGUUAUGCCAUCAAAGAAAAAACCCCUGUGGCUAGAGUUCAAGUGUGCGGACCUCACCUCUAUAUCCAAGGACACCAUUGGGAUCAUCUUUAAACAUGGAGAUGACCUGAGGCAGGACAUGCUGAUCAUCCAGAUCCUUCUAAUUAUGGACUCAAUCUGGGAGAUAGAAUCUUUGGAUCUUUGUCUUUUGCCAUAUGGCUGUAUUGCAACAGGAAACAAAAUCGGAAUGAUUCAGAUUGUGAAAGAUGCCACAACCAUUGCUAAGAUUCAGCAGAGCACAGUCGGCAACACCGGGGCAUUUAAAGAUGAAGUGUUGAAUCACUGGCUGAAAGACAAGUGCCCGAUUGAAGACAAGUACCAGUCAGCUGUUGAAAGGUUUGUUUACUCAUGCGCUGGGUAUUGUGUUGCCACCUACAUCCUGGGAAUAGGAGACAGGCACAAUGACAACAUCAUGAUCACAGAGUCAGGAAAUCUUUUCCAUAUUGAUUUUGGUCAUAUUCUUGGGAACUAUAAAAGCUUCCUGGGAAUCAAUAAAGAGAGAGUGCCCUUUGUUCUGACUCCUGACUUUCUCUUUGUGAUGGGUACAUCCGGCAAGAAGACAAGCCAACAUUUCCAGAAAUUUCAGGUAUGUGAAUCUAGUGCUGUAUCACAUGACAGAUUACAGUGA